UUUAGCCAGUCGAAAUCGCGAUGUCAAAGAUAGCGUACGAUACACCAGCUCCGAAUGUUUACGUUAUUACGCUGAAAACGAUGUUUUUCGUUGCCGAGUUAUUUUUAUGAGUGAAAAUCUGGCCUCUUCUCACUGGAGAGCGGUCGUGCGGUUCGUUUUCGAAAUCGGGACCUACAUUUGAAUAGUUUUCUUAUAAAGGGAAAAUACAGUGGUUUGUUGACAUUAUCUGAAAGUAACUGCCGUUGAGUGCUUGUGGUUUUGUGCUGUGAUUCUGUUUGGAUUUCUACGAGGGAAACUUUAAGAAUUAAGGUGUUACUCGACGCAUGGCGCGUGCGCUGGGGCAAGAUGUCGGGCAUGACUGGCGCGAGUAUGCUGCGCACGCGACGCAAAGAUGUCAACCUCAAACCCAACCGCAAGUUGGACCGCAAGUCGUCGCGUGGCAUGCUCUUCGAGAACGAGGAGCUGCGUCUGCGCACCAUCAACAUUAACGCGGAAGUCGAGAGAGGGCAGUCAGACAUAAAGAAGCUGAAGCGAGAGAAUGACCAGCUAAAGCGAGAAAUCUCCGCGCUCCGCUACGAGUAUGACCGUCUUGACCGCCUGCUGCGCGACCGGAAAUCUUCGCCUGACAACUCUGACGACAGCGCGUCUGUAUGCAGUGCGUGUCCCGAAUGCGCCAGUGUCGGAUCCGGGAGGGUGUUCCAUGACCUUGAAGCAGUUCCGGAGGAGGGCGAGGAGGGGAAUAAGAAAAAGCAAAGUCUUGGAAAACCAUGGAUUCCACCCACUCCUAAGCAAACACGUCGCGGGGCUAAGCAAGCCUCAACGCAGACCUUUAGCGGCGUUGAGUCCCCAUGCACAUGCGACGAUUGCCAGCGGCCCGAAGACAUUCCCAUCACCAAACAACCGACCAGUACUCAGAUGACACCCAUGAUGCCCACCACAGCUCCCAACACACAAACUCAAGCCCCAGAGCGGCCCGUCGAUGUCCUCAUACACGACAACCAGGAACCGCAGUACUUCCACAGUGUUACCUCUCCCCCCUACCACGUAACCACACCUCCCCCUCCAGGCUUCGUCCUCGCCCCAUACCAACCCCCUCGAUUCCACACAGGAGGAAACGUUGAAGACUUACUAGGAGAUGUCCAAAACACACCUACGAUACAAACUACCUUUAUCCAGCAGAAUUCCGUCUUCAUGUGCGAAAAAAAGGUUUUACAAAAAUGCUGCUGCCAGAAACGAGAACCGGCACCAACGACGUCGCAAGACGAAAAACAAAAGUCCUAUGUGACGGAAAAGAAUAUAGAACUAACGUAUGAUUAUCCGAGAAACACUCCAGUUAAUGCAGCUAAUGUAGCUCCUAGUCCUAAGUCUGGAGAUGAGCAUACAACAACUACAACAGAAGUGGCAAGCACAGUUGUUUUCGUCGAAAGAAGGAUACCAGUGAAGCCAAAAAAGUUCGAUUUCUUCUUCAGAUCUCGAUCAGCCCCAGUUGGAGACCACGAAGAACCUAUAUACGCUACUGUUAAUAAAUUACCAAAGAGAUUAAGACGAAUGGAAUUAGCCAAUUUAGAGAAAGAAGUAGCUUACAAAUCUGCCGAACCAGAUUCUUCAACGCGUACAGAGCUGACGUUAAAAACCGACUCAGAAUCUCAAGUACCUCAUCCAGAUGACGAUACCAGUAGAUCUGAAAGAGAAAAGUCCACAGUCCCGCAAAGACCAGAUUCUCCUAAAGCGAAGAAGCGGAAAAGAUUCUCGCUGACUUUUAAAAAGAGGGAGAGAAAAAGAAAAGAGAAGAAGGAUAAGAAGAAAGAGACGAAGAAUGGUGUGGCGAAGGUGCCGGUGAUAGAGAGUGAUAAUGAGCGGUUGAUAGAUAAGGAACAGGAGAAGCCUAAGCUUUGCACGCGGCAUCGGCCGAGGAACACGUUGUCAUCGUCAAGCUCUGGCCCGCGGUACAAGCGGGAUAGCUAUCAGGAGAUGACGACAUCCCACUCUGAGCACGAGCGAACCAACAGUGUCUGCUCCUCAGUCAACUCUCUGGCGUCAGCGUGUACACACAAAUCCAGGAAACUCUCCGCCCCACCCAUCGCUGACGGUUCCAUACCGUGGUGCGGAUGCUGGGGCGCAGGAUGUGUGUGAUAGGCUCUUAACAUUGACAUAGUUAUUGACCCUGGUCCUAGGACAAUUGAAGGCAGACUAAACUCACUUGCAUCAGAAACUCUCCACUCCACCCAUCGCUGACGGUUCCAUACCGUGGUGUGGAUGCUGGGGCGCUGGCUGUGUGUGAGAGAGCCCAUGGACCUAGAGUAACCCUCCCAUCGCACUUACAAGUCCAGAGAACUUCACUUAGAUUAGGAGCGAACCAACAGUGUCUGCUCCUCAGUCAACUCUCUGGCGUCAGCGUGUACACACAAAUCCAGGAAGCUCUCCGCUCCACCCAUCGCUGACGGCUCCAUACCCUGGUGCGGCUGCUGGGGCGCAGGAUGUGUGUGACGGGCUCCUAAAAUUGGCAUAGAUAUAGACACAGGUUUAACGACAGUUGAAGAUAUAGACUAAACUCCCUGGCAUCGGAAACUUUCCACUCCGCCUAUAGCUGACGACUCCAUACCCUGGUGUGGCUGCUGAGACGCUGGUUGUGUGUGAUAGAGCCUUUGGACUUAGAAUAACCCUCCCUUUAAACUUACAAACUAGUCCAGAACACUUUAGCAAACAGCAAAUUCAGAAGAUA